GCUGUGACACGUGUUGCACUCAACGUCCAUACCGGUUUCCUUCAAACGCGUUAGUUUGCGCUUGGAACGAGUUGCCACCUUUUCCUCUUUGCCUUCUCUUUCCGCCCUUUUCCGGCCUUCAACUCGCCGUUCGAAGUUAACGCGUUAAGGUCAGAAUCAUGGCCGCGCAGGGCUACCGGCCGCCGGCACCGAGCUACGCGCAGUUAAACAGCCCCGUGGUGGUGGUGGGCCCGCAGUUCUGCCUGCAGUACCCCGUGGAUUUCACCGUGGUAGAGAAGGCCCUCCACAUAACGGACGGCAACUUCACCGUAACGGAUGUGAACGGCACCGUGGCGUUCAAGGUGAAGGGCAAAAUGCUCAGCCUCCGGGACCGGCGAGUCCUCCUUGACAACGCCGGCAAUCCCGUCCUCUCCAUGCAACAAAAGGUAUUUACUGCACACAGAAGAUGGGUAGUGUACAGGGGAGACAGCACAGAUUCAAAAGAUCUGCUAUUCAGCACCAAGAAGUCUUCACUCAUCCAAUUCAAAACCGAGCUCAGUGUGUAUUUGGCUGCUAACACCAGUGAGAAAGCUUGUGAUUUCAAGGUUAAAGGGAGCUAUGGCGAGAGGGCAUGCACCAUUUACCUUGGGGAGUCUGACACAAUCGUAGCCCAAAUGAGACGUCAGCACACGCUUAAGAAUGCAAUGCUCGGAAAGGACAUGUUUGGGGUGACCAUCUAUCCAAAUAUCGACUAUGCCUUCAUUGUAGCCCUCAUCGUGAUUCUUGACGAGGUUAAUGAUGACAGAGGGGAUUAGAGAAACUUCAAAAAUUGGUGCGGUGCAUGGGAGAUAUCUGCAUCCUGAUGUUGGCAAGCCAGUUUUAGUGAAUUGAGAUAACAUUUCAUGUGCAUGGAACUAUCACCUCUAAAGUAUUUGUUUAUUGUUGAUUAAUGAUGUGAUGUUUUUUUUGUCAUAAAGUAUAUAAGUUCGUAUGUUCCAAUUUUUGAUUGUCUCUCAUUUAUUUCGGAGUCCACGACCGCAAAUACAUUCAUAUUGGAUGUGCUUCCUGUAAGGAAAA